GCUUUACAUUUAGUCAACAAAACAUCCAAAGAAUCGAAAAUGAUGAAAUUCUCUUUAUUUAUACUGUUUUACAUGCAAAUACUUAUAAAUGCUGAGAUCCAGUACAGACAUCCACAUGAAUCAAACAUCAAUAAUGACCGGCUUUUGGAACAACUUGAACAAAUUGAAAUCAUAAGAAGAACUAACGUUGAUUCUAUUCCUUAUUAUCAGAGACUAGUCAAGCAUUUAUUCAGGAAGCAGAGAUUUAGAUCUGAUCCAAGAUCAGAUGAUUAUUUUAUUGCAAAUAUCCCACUAAAAAUCAAUAAGAAGCAGUAUGAGUUGCUGGUGGAUACAGACAUAUCUGGACUUAAUAUCAAUGAGAUUGAUGGAUUAGUGGAAGAAGUGCUUAAACAAUCCAGCAAUGAAGAUUGGCAAGAAUCAGCUGCAACGAUCCUUUAUGACUACUAUAAACAGGAAAUAAUUGAUUCAAUAACGACAUUCAGCUCUCCGAUUCUAUGGAUCUUACUUAGCUUAACCGCGAUAGUCAUAGUUAAUAGAAUAUUUCACUUUUCAAGGCUCAAAUUCAUUACAAUUAUUUUUAUGUCCUUAAUUGGAAUCUGUGGCAUUAGUUAUUAUAUGACGUACUUAGAUUGCAUGCAUGAUUUAGAAGUAGAGCAGAUAAUGGCACUCUCUAAAGAUAAGAUUCACAACAAUCCAUGUAAAGAGUAUCAUGCUGAAAAUCAAGAUUAUUUUGGGUCAUUAAAAACAUGGGUAACUGGAAGUAAGAAGAAUGAAUGCAAGGAAUACAUGAAAAAGACAUUGACACCGUCCAAAAAAUAUUGUAAUCCACUAGAAGUGUUCUUUAAAUGGCUAGCAAAGCUUCAAAUGAGCUACUUUGGAUCAAUCUUUGAGGAAUUUACAGAUUUUUUCUCUGAAACGACUUCAUCGAUGGAUUUCCUUAGCAGGAUAUCAUCAAAAAUCAUUUAUAUAGCAUUUUUUGGCAUCAGCACUAUCUUUAUUGUUGUAAUGUUUUUAAAAUAUGCAGUACAAACUGUUCCUAGUCUUAUAUCGCAUGCAACAUCGUCGUCUAAUAACGGCAGUAAUAAUCAUGCACAAGGACCAUCAAUUGCUUUGCUAAGUGCUAAAAUGGAUGAGAUACUAAAGGAAAAUGUGCAAAUAAAGAGAGAAAUAUCUGUGAUUCGAGAGAGGUCUGAAGAGCCACAGUCAUUGCCAGCACCACAAAAGAAAAAGCACAAAUUAAGUGCAAUCAAGGAAUCUGCAUCAUCGAAAACUGAUGAAUCUUACUCGGACGCCUCUAGUUAA